GAUUGGCCAAUGGUAUCUUAGUCUGGACGUCGGAUUUGAGAAUCAAGUGUUGAGGGUCCGGUGCCUUACCUCCCAUUGGCUAAAUUGGUUGAGUGGAGCUAACUAGUAAACGAGGCCUAGAGACCAAGAUGCUAAAUAGAAAUCUGAAGAGACGCACUUGUGACGCACUUCCGGCGCGCUAACUGUGGAAGAUGGCUGCGUCCCAGCAGCAGGUAACAGCGGCUUCCUCCGCUGUUGGUGUGUCGGGUCCAGGUUCGGCUGGUGGCCCGGGUACCCAGCAGCAACCGCAACCACCGACACAGCUGGUGGGGUCUGCCCAGAGCGGGCUUUUGCAGCAACAGCAACAAGACUUCGAUCCUGUGCAGCGCUAUAAGAUGCUUAUCCCGCAGCUGAAGGAGAGUCUUCAGACUUUAAUGAAGGUUGCAGCCCAGAACUUGAUUCAGAACACUAACAUUGACAACGGACAAAAGAGCAGUGAUGGACCCAUACAGCGCUUUGACAAGUGUCUGGAGGAGUUCUACGCACUCUGUGACCAGCUGGAGCUCUGCCUGCGCCUGGCACAUGAGUGCCUGUCACAGAGUUGCGACAGUGCAAAGCACUCUCCCACGCUGGUGCCCACAGCCACCAAACCAGAUGCGGUACAGCCUGACAGCCUGCCCUAUCCUCAGUACCUGACCGUCAUCAAAACCCAGAUUGCCUGUGCCAAGGACAUUCACACCGCUCUGCUAGAUUGUGCCAACAAGGUUACGGGGAAGACUUCUGCACCACCUACGGGCCCUGGGGGUGCCUUGUGAGCUGGCAGGGCUGGGAGUGGGGAAGGCCGCGGGGGAGAGGUACUGGGAGGGAAUGAAGA